AUUCAUUAACAAAGUAGUUGCUGAUUAUUUCUUUGUUAGUUGACUAAUUGAUUAAUCAGCUAAUUACCACACAGCAACCCUGGGGACAAGUAUUGCGAUUAAGUAUUGAAGUACUAAUUUUGCAGUGUAAAGAGAAGAGGACUGGGGGUUAAUAAAGGGGGCCUGUUCACUCAUUCUUGCCCCUAGGGCAUGGUAGCAGGUUAAUCCGGCCAUGUGACAUCGUGAUAAUAUCCUGUGUGAAUGCUUGAAUUUCUACUCAUUCUAGCUUUGUAUAAAAACUUAAAAAAAUACACAAUUUCCAUACCCAGCAUGUAGAAGAAGAAGAAGAAGAAGAAGAAGAAGAAGAAGAAGAAGAAGAAGAAGAAGAAGAAGAAGAAGAAGAAGAAGAAGAAGAAGAAGAAGAAGAGUUUUAUUUUGAAGGCGGUGACCGGAAGUGUAACGGUUUGCUGCGAUUGACGCCGCAUGCGGGCAGAUCGCAACGCAUUCCGAUGUGAGCGGGAUGUAACCGCUGUGCGGGCUGCACGUCUCCAAACCGUCUUCAGUCACAAUUUUUGAAGGAAUAAAAUGUCCAGCUUGAAGGAGUCCAGCACUUGUCCCGACGGCUACAGGGCUCUGAAUACAAGUGAGCUGACGGAGCUUUUACAGAACGACGACAAAAUGGACCAAAUUAUUCGCCUCAAUGAGACGUUUCAGGACCUUCAAGUGGACAGGGAGACGCUGAUGACCUCCAACCGGAGCUUGGCCGAGGAGAGCCUCGCCCAACGACCCCGCCUUAACAACGGCAAACUCCAGCUGGCGGAGAAAUACCGGGAACUGUCCAAACUGGCAACCAAAUGCUGGGAGAAACAGAGUCAGCUUGACGCUCGCGUCCAGAAGAACGGCCUGCAGACGGUGCAGAACCUCCUGCAGGAAGAGGUGGCACGUGCUGAGGAGCAUUCAGAGGAGCUGCUGGAGAAGUUCAUGGAGGGGAACGUAAGCCUGGAUGAGUUCUUGGACUCCUUCCAAAGCUCCAGGAAGACGUAUCAUAUCCGCCGGGCGCAAGCGGAGAAGAUGCAGGAGAUAGCUCAAGCCAAGCGGCAGCCGAGCAAAACCAAGGAGGAGAGUAAAGUCCCGGAGGUGAGGAAGGACUCGGAGCACGUUCAGGAGCCGCACCGGCCCAACGGCUUCGUAGCGCAAGGACCUUUAAGAGUGUUCCAGGUCCGCUACGGCCUCACGCCAGCCAUCCUCCUCCCUCAUUACCCCGUUUCUCCCCCUGCUUCAGCCCCCGUCCAUCAAAGUAGUACCCCCCCACCCGAACCUCAGCUGGGACAGACCCACAUCCUCAGCCCCAGCACCCCGCUUCCAGGACACGGCCAGCCGGUCGGCCUCAGGGUCAUCGGACAGCUAUCGGGGGGCUGGCCGGCUAACGGGCGGCCGGUGAGAGUGCAGCAGCUUUACAGGCCGAACCCUCAACAGCCCGAGCCGCCGUACCGAUAAGCUCGAGGAAGGGGGGAGGAGGAGAGGGAGGAGGAAGAGGUGGAGGAUGAAGAAAGGCCGGUUUGAGAGGUCUUCCAAGCGGGGAACCAAACAGUGGCUGUCACAAUCAUGUAAGCAAAGACUGAUCCAGAGACAGGCAGCACUGCAGACGUCCGUUUCUGUUCUCCAUCCAUGACACAUAAAUGUAACCACCAGAGGGAAGCGAGCAGAGAGAGAGAGAGAGAGAGAGAGAGAGAGAGAGGCGGCACACAGAGACAGGGAGGACCGGGGGUUGGGUCUCGAUAGCUGGGUCCGUUUUGGAUCCAGUGAAAGUUACAGUCGUUAAGGUGCGACGCUCACGAAUCUCACAUCACAGUAAAAGAACGAUGAAAAAUACAGAGCGAAGGAAGUUUGAAGACCAUAAAUCAGUUCAUCAUUUAUUAAAUAACGUCAUAAUCUCCUUUGUGCAGUGGAAAAACGACACAUGCAGGAACAGAAUAAGGGUAACGUUGACUGUGUUACAUCACUUGGUGUCAGUAUUAAUGUGAGGACAUUUACUUUUACAAGACAAGCAGCAGUGACACAGUCAGAUCACACAAAAUAUGUCACAAAAUCAAAAUGAAACAUUUUCUAACACAAUCAUGUAAAAUAAUUCAACAACCUAAAACAACACAAGAGCCUUUUCAGCAGAUUACAAAUACCUCAAAACAUCAACAGAGAGCAACGUUUCUGCAGCAGUGAUUGUAAUUCAUUCCACAUUCUUCAAUUUGACAUCUAAAAUUUUUCAGGCACAGGAAGCAGCGACUAUAACAGCUCUUAGAUUAGUGCAGAUUUCAAGCAGCUGUUCACACCUUGUGGUUGGUUAGAUCUACAUCUAACACAAAAGCGGCUUUAUAAAAGAGUCUGGCAGCUGAUUGACGUGCUUCCGUAUGUUCUGCUGCUGUUACUGCAGUGGAAAUGAAGACGUUUACACUGACAGUGUUACUGUUACUCAGCCUCGAAACACCAGUCUGAUAUCUGUUAUUAUGACAAAGGCUUAGGGGCAAAAUCUCAUUAACGCACCACUUCUGUCCGAGCUCUACAGUGUGGAUGUGAAAGUAGCAAAGCUCAGCAGGAAGCAUUUUCUAACUCAUUAUUUAAAUCAUCAAACAUGCAUUAAGAUGCUUUGUAAUCAGAAGAAAAGCUAAAUUAGAAACGCACAAAACUUUAAAAGUAGAAUUUCAGCAGAGGAACAGACACCUUGUUAACCGUCUAACAAAAAAAAAAAAAAGAAAAACUGGAUAAAACUGUUUUUAAUUUUACAGAUUAAAACCUUAAUUUUAAUCUAAUGGUAUCUGAUGAUGAAAUUUCAAUAUCUACAGCUUCUCCUGGACAUAUUUCUUGGCAAAGUUACUUAAAAAAACAAAUCUUUAAUGUUCAGCUUGUCUACAACUCGGACUCGUCUGUAGGUAGCAGCUUCAAUAUUUGGACUAAUUAGCUGGUGAAGUACAGUAAACGACAGUCGUUAAGUAAAUGUGUCAGAUACCUUUUGAUUAACAUUUCUUAUGUUCUGCUGCUCAGGUUAAUCCAGCUGCCACUCACUUCACUUCAUCUUUUAUUCUUUACUCACAUGAGACAAGAUGAGAUUCAGAAAGGGAUUCAUGAGGAUUCAGAUUGUGGAUUUGAAUUCAAUAAAAUGCUAUCGAGCCCCAUCCCUCGUGAGGACACGAGCGUUUUCAUUAUUAUUUUUAAUUUUAUUAUAUUUUUUAUACUGAGGCGUGUGACACAAAUAAAAAAAACAAAAAAAGGAUCUCAUUGUUCAUUCAUACAGCGAGAGGCUUUGUGCGAUGCCUCAUCUCAAUGAACGAUGACAUCAAUAAAGUGUUCAAUAUAAACUCUCACUGUUUGUCAUCCAUCACAUGAGGCAAAGACAUUCAUCCUUGGUGAGAUCCAAGAUAAUGAAUGCUGAUAUGAGAUCAUUGCAGAGUUUAAACAAAGACGUACUGUAAAGCAGAGCAGGUGGUAUUUAUUAAUAAUUCCCAGACUAUAACCUGUCAAUAGUAUUUGCAGUGUCAUGUGUGUGUGUUAGCAUCACAGACGAUUACCCAAAGCCUUCUGCCUUCUUGUGCGAUUUCACGAACAGUGUUGCAGCUCGCACAUCAGUGAGCGAUUUAUUUAUUCAUGUAAAUCCUAUUUUAAAUGGCUGACUUCAAAGCUUCUUGUUUACCGUGCUAAAUGAGGAGCUGCUGCUCCUUUCGUGGCAGCCACCGGUUUUUUAUUUCUUCCCCCCCCAAAACUGAGGUGCAGAGUGAGGGGAAUUUAAUCUCUAUGAGAAAACGCCAGCGCUCUGCAAGUCCACAGUCGAGCAUAAGGAGGUUCUUCCCAUUUUGCUCCUCUCUUUUCAUUUUUUUUUUUUCUCAUCAUCCAUCUUUCAGCAUUUAAAGGGAAAAUCUCUGGAUUGUAGUUUUACUGGUUGUGCUCUUGAACACACAUUUUGCUCAUUAAUAACUCAUAUAAGUGCAUGCUUACUACAGCUUGACAAAGUACAUGAAAAUGCCUUUUGCAGGCCGGUGCCCAGUUGCAUAAAACAUUUUAAGAAAAUAUUAUUGUAAAGAAAAGAGUUGUUCUAAUUUAACUUAUGUCAUUUUCUCAUGAAAUGUCUUUAAAUAAGUCGAACUGUAAAUCAAUUUCAAGGCUCUGAGGAUUUCUUUAAAGGGUAGCUCCAUUUUUUAUCUUUUUAUUUUUUUACAGCGUCUAGUUUUUCAUCAUUUCUGUCAAAUAAGACUCAAAGUCAACUGCUGAGAUCUGUACAUGCGGCUACAUCACGAACACGAUGUGGAAGUGCCAGGAGAUAAAAAACAUCUUGGUAAAAAAAUAAUCCAGAUAUUAUAUGAUAUUAUUUCUUCAGCUGCAUCCACGUCGUACACAUAAGGACAUUUCCAAAAAUUAUAUGUUUCACGCAUUACUCGGAAAGUGAAGCUACGAAACCAACCCACUAACCUGGAUUAUCUUCAUACUCAAUUAAUCAAUUCCUUGUUUGGUCCAUAAAAUAUCAGAAAAUGAAAGUUUUAAUGAGAUCAACAGUUCAACAAAUCAAUUUAACAACAAAAACUAAAUCAGACGAGGCAAGAAAAACGAGCCGUCAAACAAUCAGUCGGGUUCUCAACAAAGCUCCAGGUCACAAGUUCAAUAAACUUAUCACCCAAACUUUUACAUUUACAACCCGUCUGAUUGUUAUGUUGCCAUGUCGACAGAUCUCAGCAGUUACACUGGUGAGUACAGUGUUGGUAUAGAAAUACUCUGAUAAUAAAAGUUAUCCUAAACUGUAAAAGAAAAAUAGAGAAAUACAGUUAAGGAACCUGUUUUUAUUGGUCAACACGAUGUAAAUGUGCCAAAAAGGUGUUUUGUAACAGUUAAAACCCAGUGGAUGCUUCACCGUGUUGUUUGGAUGAUAGUUUUGGAGAAACUCUUUCUCCUCCUUUGUCCAACUCAGCCUGUUUUUAACUGACCUUUUUAUUGUUUUUACUUUUUUAUUUCAUAUCAUGCCUUCGACCGCAGGGUUUUACUCACAGUCUCUUAUAAAAUCAGUGAAGGACACUUGGUCUUUUAAAUGUGCGAACUAUUAGUUCAACAACAGAAAACAAGUUUGAUUUUGUAAUGAAAAAAUUUUAACUCACAUCUGUUUGAGAUUUUCUUGCAAGUCCCUUAACUUCUGAGAAAAGAUUAAUCACACAUCUGUACAGUAAAUAUGAAGUUACCAGGAGACAGUUAGCUUAGCUUAGCAUAAAGACAGCAAGCAGAGGGCGACUGCUAGCUUGGCUCUGCCUGACGAUAACAAAAAUCCACACGUCAGCACCUUGCCAUUUUUUUUAUUAAAAAAUACUUGUGCAGAUUAAAUAAACAAGACAUAACGUGUCAGUGAACUUUAGAGGUGCUGUGAGGACGAGCCAGGCUAGCUGUUUCUACUUGUUUCCAGUAUUUAUGCUAAGCUAAGCUAAGCUAACGGCUGUAGCUUCAUAUUGACAGUACAGACACAGGACGUGAACCUUUGAUGUAACUGGGCACUGGCUCCAACCAAACAUGCAGUUCUGUGUCCACUCAGGGUCUUUAGAGGAAAGAAAUGCAGUGCUGCUCCUUAACCUGUAGCACAGUUGGACCCGGGGACGUCGUACCUGUGGAUCACAUGUUAACUCCACACACACACUUUUAACAGGUGCAUGCCAGAGAGACUCUAACCAUGACCACAACGGUGACACCAAGUCACCUUCGACAUUCCAUUGUUGCAUUGAGAUUUGACCGAAUGUUGUAAUAAUAAUAAUAAAAAGUUUGUAAUACUGUUAUUGUUGGCUUAAUUUCACAGGGCCCGUGUUUUCCAGAUAAUUUCCUGGAAACUUUCCUCAAUUCCUAAUUUCCUAAACAAUUACCUGGUAUUUGGCUGCAAAUGACAAACACAGGCCAAUGCAGUUUGGUGCUGAUUAUAAAGGAAGUGGGGAAAGUGUUAUUUGCAGUCACAGUUGCUGCUUGUCUUAUUUGACGUUCAUUCUAUAUCGGUUGAAUUGCAUGUAGCUGCAUCGAUUUGUGUUUCAGACGAAUACGAGCAACAAGUAAAACACAACAUGCUGUAAAAUCUCACCCUUUUUUCUUUUUUUUUUCCAAAAGACAACAAACAUAGACGACAUGUUACAGAAAAGGUAACUGAACAAACAGUAGUUCAUAUUCCAACAAAAGAAACUUGUUUCUACCUGAUUUCACACCUAAUCAAGAAUUAUUGACGUCUGUGUAUGAACUAUUUUUCACUUACCUACUACAUAUUAUCUUCAUUUUUUUUCUUUAAAAACGGAAAUAUCCUGGAGCAAAGUUUUAGGAAAUGAUCUAGAAACACGGGACCUGUAAAAUGAAGCGUUACCUGACUUUUUUGUAACAGUGCUGUCUGAAUCCACCUUAACCAAAACUCAUUUUAUUCAGGCCCAGAUGAUUCAUAUAAGAUUGGACAGUUGUGUGUUUGAAAUAUCUCAAAAUGUAAAGUGCUUGUUUCUGCAACUGUGGUUUUGUUUGUCCAGUCUAUUAUAUUGUGUGUCUUUUCUAUCAGGGACUCAUCCCAGCAGCCUUCUUACAAAAAAAAAGAGAGGAAAAAAAAAGAGCAGUGAUAAAACAGAUAAAUGAAUGUUGCUUUCAAUAUUUAAAUUGAAAUCAAGUGCAGCCACUCGCUGAGCCAAACGCCCCUCAAACAUUUGAGAUGAUCGCAGCGUCUCAGAUGAAGGAGCUGUGUGGCUGCAGGCGCUCGUACCAGAUGAUUCUGAGCGAUGUCAAAGCCGAUCAGCGCUGCAGUGAGUGAAGAUGAGCUAAUAAUAUCCAAGUCGACUCAUUUUCAUCACUGCACGGAGCCACAUCAGCUCAUGUGCUCAGCAGCUGCUCUACAGUGUGUGUGACUGGACCCACGUGGCUGUCAAGAGGCUUUCAGAAUAAAACGGCCUGAAGGAAGGAAAUGUUACCUAGUGAGAAUUUCUGAUCUUCAACCUGAUUACACUAAGAGGAGGAAAUCACCAAUUUAACAUUUGAAUGCAUUGUGUUUUUGUUUUGUUUUUUUCUUUCACUUUGGUGAUGUAAUAAGUGGCUGGUAUUCUCCUUUUCAACCGUCUUUUCAAAUUAAAAUGAUGGUUAACGACACUGCAGGGGCCUCAUGUAAAUUGUUUGUGGGUUUACAGGAAGACAAUGGGAAUAAAAUGGUUGAAUUCCUCAUGAAAGAACGAGUCAGCGUGAGACACUGAGGCACAACUGGUGGUUAAAGGACAAAAAUGGUACAAAGACUCUUGAGCCUUUGGGAAAAAUCCGCACUGCUUGCAUCAAGAUGUCUAUGAACAGAAAAUGUUAAUGUGGUUUUUACUGUGUUACAGUUUUAUGUUUAUGUAUGCACAAAACAUCAGCGCUGUGAUCCUGAAUACAUGUUGUCACUCGAGGCUGGUCAGACAGGCUUUGUGCUGCACAACACAUGGCUCUACUGUGCUGUGGCGGCUACUUUCCAAAUCAACAUAAUUGCACUAAACCAUCUAAAGCUUUUAUAUUUUCCAGACUCUUGAAACUGAAGCUUUGGAGUCGCAGCGCCUUGUUAAAGAUGAAAAUGUCACAGUCCACGCACACAUGAUGGACAGGAUAUCAGCUGUACUCAUCAACAUUAUAUAAUGGAACAACUCUUGUUGUGAUACACUCUGUCAACACUGUCAAAACUAAGUACUAAGUGCUGGAAAUAAAUCCUUAUUUAUGUGCUGG